AUGGCCGACGCUGCUGUGCCGGCCGCGGCUGAGACCUGGCUCCGUACCCGGGACGUUCUUGUGCCGGAGGGUCCCGAGGAUUUCGGGUCGCUUCUGCUGUCGGCGCCGGUGCUGGAAGGGCUGCGAGCCGCUGGGUUUCUAAGGCCUUCUCCGGUGCAGCUCAAAGCCAUACCGUUGGGUCGCUGCGGCCUCGAUCUUAUUGUGCAAGCAAAAUCUGGCACUGGUAAAACCUGUGUUUUCUCUACAAUCGCACUUGACUCCCUUAUCCUGGAAAGCCCAGUUACACAGAUUCUGGUUUUGGCUCCUACCCGAGAAAUUGCUGUACAGAUUCAUGCCGUUAUUACAACUAUUGGGAUUAAAAUGGAAGGUCUGGAAUGUCAUGUCUUUAUUGGAGGGACCCCUUUAAACCAAGACAAAAUCAGGUUGAAAAAGUGUCACAUAGCAGUUGGCUCCCCUGGUCGCAUAAAGCAGCUUAUAGAGUUGGACUAUCUCACUACAGCCAGCAUUCGCCUUUUCAUUCUUGAUGAAGCAGACAAGCUUCUGGAAGAAGGCAGUUUCCAGGAGCAAAUAAAUUGGAUUUAUUCUUCUUUGCCAGCCAACAAACAGAUGUUGGCUGUUUCAGCCACCUAUCCUGAAUCCUUGGCCAAUACUUUAACUAGAUAUAUGAGAGAUCCCACAUUUGUGAGAUUGAAUCCCACUGACCCAAGUCUCAUUGGGUUGAAGCAAUACUUCAAAGUUGUGAAUUCGCAUCCAUUACCACAUAAGACAUUUGAAGAGAAGGUGGAGCAUUUACAGGAGCUCUUCAGCAAGAUUCCCUUCAAUCAGGCUUUGGUCUUCUCAAAUCUACACAGUCGAGCUCAGCACUUGGCAGAUCUACUGACAUCCAAAGGCUUUCCUGCUGAAUGCAUUUCAGGCAAUAUGAAUCAGAACCAGAGACUUGACGCCAUGGCUAAACUCAAGCAGUUCCAUUGCAGAGUGUUGAUUUCAACUGAUUUGACCUCCCGUGGAAUUGAUGCUGAGAAGGUGAAUCUGGUAAUUAACUUAGAUGUGCCUUUGGACUGGGAGACAUACAUGCAUCGGAUUGGCAGAGCUGGGCGCUUUGGAACUUUAGGGCUAGCAGUGACUUAUUGCUGCCGCGGGGAGGAGGAGAAUGUGAUGAUGAACAUUGCACAGAAAUGUAACCUUCGGCUUCUUCCGUUACCAGAGCCUGUACCGCCUGAGUUGAUGGAACAAUUUGAAGACAGAGAUGUAGAAGUCACUGCUGUCUCUUAUCCCAAUGCUUCAUUGCAAUCCACUCUGCCUGUUAAGCAACCAGAGGGGCCAAUGCAGCACAUGGCAGUAGGCAGCAGUUCACAGAAGUCCUCCUCUGUUACUGCUUGUGAAAAUCUUCCUGCAGCUAAGCCAAAACAGGCCCUCAAACAAAAAAAGGCACCGAAAAGUAGGGCGGAGCACAGCAACACAAAGAGAACAAUCACGGACCAGCAGUCUUUCCAUUGCACCACAGAGCCAAAAUGCCACCCGAAACUAGUUGUCGAAACUGGCGGGCAGCAGAACAAGCAAGAGGAAGACAAGGAAGCUUUAAGAAACUUACUUCCCAAGAUACCUUGCCUGUCUUCUUAUAAGACCGAUCAGUCCACCAAUACAUGGAGCAUGGCUAAGUUUGUCGAGGAUUAUGAAUACUUCAUUAAGGAAGGAUUGGAGAAAGAGGUGGAAAUUGUAAGAAGCUAUACAGGGCCUGGAGAGCAUCAUUCCAGAAAUGAUGCCUUGGAUUGGAAAGGAAUGGAACCCAGCACAUGUGCAGUGACGACAGCUGAUACGUGGACUGGGGAAUCUGACAGUGAUAGCAGCAGUUACAGUUCUGGAUCAUUAACCUAUAGCUCAGAGGACCAGUCACAUAGCAAAGCUUCUUCAGAUACACAGAAAGGAGAGGAUGGUGAGCUCUCAACAGAUCAGACUUUUCCAAGACACUCUCAGCCAUUCCGUGGUGCCCCUGAACGAAAGGAGAUUCCAGAGCCACCUCUGCUUCAGAAGAGUAAACAGAAUGUGAAUCAGAACAGGCAGAGCUGCUACCCUCCUGCUGCCAACCCCUCUAAGAAGGGGGCUGUAAAAGGUGCCCCCCAGUGUAAACCUGAUCCCUCUUUCCUCCGUGAGAAUCAGAGUUAUGAGGAAUACUGGAAAGCAUAUUAUCAGGCAUACCGGGACUAUUAUGCUACAGCUUCUUAUUCGUACGAUCGCAUGUAUAACUGGCUGACUGCUUAUCGGGCCAAUGCAGUCUAUGUUGAAGAGUUGCUGAGAGGUCAUCAGUGAUGGGCAAGCCCUCCUAGAUGUAC